AUGAUAACUACAAUUAUAGUAGUCUUGAUCGUUUUAUAUUUUGUAAAAAACAUCUACACCGAAUUUGUAGCCAAUAACUCGAAUCCUUUAGCUGCUGGUGAUAAUGAUAAAGACAAGUCAAUUGUACAAGGAAAAUUUACUCCAAAAACUUUAGCUAAAUACAAUGGGAAAGAUGACCCUAAGAUCUUUAUUGCUGUUAAAAAUAGAGUUUUCGACGUAACUCAAGGUGCUGCUUUUUACGGACCAGGUGGUCCGUACGAGAAUUUCGCCGGAAGAGAUGCAUCAAGAGGAUUGGCUUUAAACUCUUUUGAUCCAGCCGUUUUAACUCCAAUAGACCAACCAAUUGACGAUUUAAAGAACUUGACUAAAUUAGAAUUAGAAUCGUUGGAGAGUUGGGAUGAACAUUUUGAAAAUAGAUACAAAAUUGUGGGAACUCUCCAUGAAAAUGGUACAGUGAAAGAAGAAGAUUAA